UAAUUAUUCUUAAAAAAAUUAUUCAAGCAAAGUUUUAAACUACAUAUUCAUAUCGAUAAAUCGAUAAACGCCAUUCGAUACAUCAAAUUUGUUAGUUCACAAUUAUGCCUAUAGUUAGUCAUUAAAUAGACAUAGAUAAGAUAUAGACAAAUGUUAGGUUACCUUGACAUGCUACAAAGAUAUGUUUAUAUGAACAUUAAUUCCAUAUCUGAAUUGUAAUUAAAUUGUCAAGUUAAUUCAAAUCAGUGAAAAUUUAAAUCUAAUAAGCAAGAAAAGUGACGAACGUGUGUUCAUAUAUUGUAUAUUUAUUAAAAAUGGCUGAAGCAAUGAGGCAAACUGUAGCUGGUAUGCUCAAAGGCAUUGAAAGAUAUAAUCCAGAUAACCUAACAACUUUGGAGAAGUACGUCGAGAUUCAAUCAAGAGAAAAUGUUUAUGAUUUGGAACCUAAUUUGGCAGUUUUGAAAUUAUAUCAAUUGAAUCCAAAUCGUUUCAACAUGGAUAUAACUUGUCAGAUAUUGCUUAAAGCUUUAACUAAUCUUCCGCACACUGAUUUUGUGCUAUGUAAAUGUCUUCUGAACGAGUCAAUUAUGCAAGAAAAACCGAUUAAUCAGAUUAUGUAUUUGGGAGACAUAUUGGAACAAUGUGAUUUUGAACAAUUUUGGGAUCAAGUUUUGUUAAUGUCGGAUCUAUGUGAUAGAAUCGUUGGAUUCCAAGAUUCUAUAAGAAAAUUCGUUUGUCACGUUGUAGGAAUAACUUUCCAGACAAUAGAUAAAGAACUUCUUGUACAACUUCUAGGUGGUGUAGAUGAUAAUACAUUGAAACACUGGGUGAAGAAGUAUGGCUGGAAAGAUGAAAGCAAAUCAAUUAUCUUUAUUGCUAAUCAAGAUGAAAAUAUAAAAACAAAGAAUAUUACUGAAAAAAUUGAUUUCGAAAAUGUUGCAGGAUUAAUGGCUGCUUGUUUAUAAUUUUUAUAAUCAUUAAUGAAAAUAAAAAUCAUUUUCAAAUCUAA